UCAGACUGACCCUCUAUCAGAAGUCGACGUAGGCAGCGGUUCGUUGCAAGACAAGAACAAACAAGCUGGCAAGAUUACACCUAAUGCUAGUUGGCUAUUGUCAACUUCCCCGGCUAACGUAUGUUAGCAUUAGCCUGCUAGCCGCUCGAAGAGAUCGCUGGGGGAUAAGUUGUCAGAAACGUCUGGAAGCGUGUGGCUAGCUUGGCUGCUGCUUAUCAAAAUAUACCUAUAAUCAAUUGUCACCUCGUUGAAAAGAAGUUAACAAUGACCGAAAAGCAAGACGUCAUGGACGCCUGCGACGGCCACGCAAGUGCGCCAUCCGCCAAGCAAACCGGACCUGCGUCGCUGCUGGACAGCGGGGAGGACUUCGAGGUUUUAGAUGAAGAAGACAUUGACGACGACCCUCCUCCCCUGGAGGACGCCGGAGGUGGGAGGCGGAAAACCACCGAUGAGUCUGAAAAGAAAAAUACCGACUCGGAUUCAAACCCUCCGGGUCCGAUGGACGAAUGGAUGGAUGUAUUAGGCAAUGACCAGCUGAAGAAAAAGGUCCUGGAGGCGGGAGAAGGGCGAGACAGUCGCCCACAGAAGGGACAGAAUGUGAAGAUUAAUUUCAAAACGUACCUGAAGGACGGGACACUAGUUGAGGAGAAGACAGACCUCUCUUUCACUCUCGGGGAUGGAGAUGUCAUCCAGGCUCUGGAUCUGACCGUACAACUCAUGGAAAUGGGAGAGAAGGCCCUCGUCCAGGCCGAUGCAAAAUAUGCAUACGGUGUCCGGGGGAGCCUGGAGCCUGAGGUCCCCUCCAACUCUGAACUCUCCUUAGAAGUGAAACUGCUGGAGGCUAUUGAUGCGCCGGACCUGGAGCUGCUGCCCCCUGCAGAAAAAAUCGCCCUGGCCAGCCUCAAGAGAGAGAGGGGCAACGUUCAUUACCAGCGCGCCGACUACGCCUUUGCAGUGAAUUCGUACAGCAUCGCCCUGCAGAUAACCGAGUCUAGUUCCAAAGUUGACAUUAGUCCUGAGGAGGAAAAGGAACUGAUGGGCGUAAGAGUGAAGUGUUUAAACAACAUGGCUGCCUCCCAGCUCAAGCUGGACCACUUUGACGCCGCACUCAAAUCUUGUGUCUCAGCGCUGGAACACGAGCCAGAAAACAUAAAGGCCCUUUUCCGCAUGGGCAAGGUACUCUCCUUGAAAGGUGAAUAUACGGAAGCCGUUAAAACGUUGAGGAAGGCGCUGAAGUUGGAACCGAGCAAUAAGACGAUCCACGCGGAGCUCUCCAAGCUGGUGAAGAAGAACUCCGAGCAGAGGGGAGCGGAGCAGGCCAUGUACAAGAAGAUGCUGGGGAACCCCGGCGGCGGCGGCGGCGGCUCUCAGAAACACGAGGCCACGCCCACGUGGGGCCUCAGCUGGAAAUGGCUGUUCGGCGCCACCGCGGCAGCCAUUGGGGGUGUAGCAUUAUCGGUCGUCAUAGCUGCUAGAAAUUGAUCGGUGGUCGAUCUCCGUCCCGCACCUUUCUCUGCUGUGUUUGAGACCUACGCUUGACAAACAGUCAAACGGAUGCAGAUGGGAGCUGUAUCUCCAUCAUUCUUAAUUUGUAGGUUUAUGAGCAUCUGUCAUGUUGCCAGACACUGUUUUCCUUCGCUGCCAUUGUUAUAGUCUUUGGUAGUUGAGUUUAACAUUUAGUCUAAAAGUUAUUUACUAUUGAUUCAGAUACGAGCUCGUUACGUAUAUUUCCCCCCCAUUAGGUAUAGCUAUUGUGAUCCAGUCCUUUUGUUAUGCUCUAGUUUUGAAGCUUCGGAUUGUUCUGCAAAAUCAAUCAUUCCUAUCCAAGAGAGAAUAAGUGAUUUCACUUUUCCUGUUUUAAUUGAGGUACAAUGUCUCCUAUAUGUAGAAUGUUGUAAUGCAGAUGCUUUAUUAUUAUAGUGACUGGCCUGCGCGCCACCCUUUCUAAAGACUGCUCACACACUAAGUGAACAGACCAAUGCAAACAGUAAUGCAAUACUUCCAUUGUGGAAGCUGUUUGUGUGCUGAGUCACUCGAGUGUUGUAAUAUCAUUCUGAAAAUUGUAUCCACCUCAUUUUAAUGUGUGUAGAGGAGCAAAUGUACAGUGAACACCUCACAAAGCAAUGGAGUUUAAUAAAAUACUACAAACUAUGCUAACACGGAUGCUGUGGGAGUGGGGGGGGAGGGAUGGAUUCUAUAUUCUUGGCCUCUGUGUAUACAUAUAUUUAAGCAGCAGCUGGAAUGGAUGCACUGUACUUUCAUAUGUAAGAUUACACAUUUCUAAUCAACAGAGGUGCACUUAUUACAUUUAAAACAAGAGCCGAGGAGGGUACGUAGUUUCUCAGUGACGUGGCUCCGUGUCGUGCUGAAGCAGAGUUUAUUUUUAUUAUUCAAUUCCAGUCUAUUAUACCUCACUUUUUGACAAAUAAGACCAAAUGUUGAAGGAUGACUCUUUUGAGUGCUGCGUAUGUAAAUGGCUUUGUUUUUGUUUUUGUUUGGGCCCCCACAUGUUUUGCCUGUCAAGUAUUUAUGGAAAUGAUUUUGUUUAUUCCACAGUUGUUUUCUUACCUGCAGUUAGUGCUUCUUCAGAGUAGAUGGUCGUCCGACGGCUGAAAGUUGCCGGCGUUUCUGUAUUUGUAUUCAUUUUAUAUCCAUCACAAUAAAAUAUGUCCAUCACCAUG